UUACUACUGAUUGUAUUUGAAAAAGAAAGAAAAACAGAGAGAGAGAAACAAAAACAAAACAAAAAAAAAUUCACUCAAACCCUAUAAAUUUUUUAGUCACGAUUCAGAAAGUUUUGCUUUUUCGAUCAGUUUCUGUAUCAAAAAAAUGGUGAAAGAUCUGAUUGGGUAUAGAUUUAGUCCGACGGGAGAGGAAUUGAUUAACCAUUACCUGAAGAACAAAAAUCUGGGUACAAAAACUUGGCUCGUUGAUGAAGCCAUUAGCGAGAUCAACAUCUUGAGCCACAAACCCAGCAAGGAUUUGCCUAAGUUAGCUAAGAUCCAAUCGGAAGAUCUUGAAUGGUACUUCUUCUCUCCGAUUGAGUACACGAACCGGAAGAAGAAUGAAAUGAAGAGAACUACAGGUUCUGGGUUUUGGAAACCUACUGGUGUUGAUCGGAAAAUUAGGGAUAAAAGAGGAAAUGGUGUUGUGAUCGGUUUUAAGAAGACGCUUGUGUACCAUGAAGGUAAAGGUCCUAAUGGAGUUAGAACUCCUUGGGCUAUGCACGAGUAUCACAUCACUUGCUUGCCUCAUGAUAAGAGGAAAUAUGUUAUCUGCCAAGUAAAGUAUAAGGGUAAAGCUGCAGACAUUUCAUAUGAGCCAAGUCGCUCCGAUUCGAAUACUACCAGAGCGAUUAACAGAGCGGCUGAGCCUGAGCUUCAGGUUGAGCAGCCAGGUAGAGAAAAUUUCUUGGGUAUGUCUUUAGAUGAUUUGGAACAAGAGGAUCCAAAAACUUGCUUGCAGCCACAAGGUCCUCACUUAGCCUUGAAUGAUGAUGAGUUUAUCCGUGGAUUGAGGCAUGUUGAUCGAGAACAAGUUGAAUAUUUGUUCGCCAAUGAAGAAAACAUUGAUGGUUUGUCUAUGAAUGACUUGAGAAUCCCAAUGAUCGUCCAACAAGAGGAUCUCUCUGAGUGGGAUGGAUUUAAUGCAGACACGUUUUUCAGCGACAACAACAAUAACAACAACCUUAACGUGCAUCAACUAACGCGUUACGGAGAUGAUUAUCGGAAUGCAGGUUAUAACGGAGGGAAUUUUGAAGGCGUGCAUCCCUAUCAAGAAUUAAUAAUGCAAGAGAACCGCAACGAUCACAUGCCAAAGAAACCUUUGACAGGGACCAUUGAUUAUAGCAGCGAUAGUAGCAGUGAUGCUGGAUCGAUAUCUACAACGAGUUACCAAGGAAUAUCAAGUCCAAAUAAUAGUGUUGGUAGUUCAAGCAGACGCUUGUCAAGUUGCUCAAGCACAGACUCUUGCAAAGAUCUACAAACUUGUGCAGAUCCUUCAAUCAGUAGAGAGACCCGGGAAUAUCAAUUCACACAACGCACUGUACCAUCAAAACAAGAGGUGAAACAAGAGAUUCCAAGAGAUGUUGAUGCAUCCAUGAACAAUGAGUCAUCUUUGGUGAAAACAGAGGAGAAGUGCUUGUUUAUUCCAGAGGACGCAAUGGAGAGAAACCGCAAGACACCACGGUUUAUCUAUCUGAUGAUCAUAGGCUUCAUUCGUCGUAUCGGUUUUACUACCCGUCAAAGCUUGAACCCGCUGAAGAAGUUUUGAUCACGAGAGCAGAUCAAAUAUGGCAUUUUUUAAUCCUGCUUUCUUCUGAAUGUUUGAAACUUGAUUGUUCUCAACCUGAAUAUCUUACAGGUCUUUCUUGUGCCUAAAGUCAAAUGUAUAGUAGAGUUUGUAAUCUCAUUUCUGAAAACAGAGAAAGAUUAAGCAAGAGUGUAUUAAGAUCCUACAUAUUUAUCUUUAUGGAACAUAUGAUCAUAGGUGGA